CAUGCCAUUGGCCGGAAGGCCUAAAAAGGGCAUGGGGGGAGGGCGUCCGGGCUCUCGGUGCCGCCUCUUUAGCUGUAGAGAGCCUGUCAACCCACCGCGGAUAAAGUUGUUUUUAUUUCGUGAAAUCGAUAGAACAGAAAAUCGCAUUGCUCUGAAGCUCAGCUGACAGGAAGGAGGGUGUGCAGCUUCAAGUUCGAGAGCUAUCGGACCCCAAAACGCAGGGGUGGGUCCUAGCACCCUGCGCGCCCCGACCCUCUACGCCGGACCAUGGGAACCCCAAAGCCACGGAUCUUGCCCUGGCUGGUGUCGCAGCUGGACCUGGGGCAGCUGGAGGGGGUAGCCUGGCUGGACGAGAGACGCACGCGCUUCCGCAUCCCUUGGAAGCACGGCUUGCGGCAGGACGCCCAGCAGGAGGACUUUGGCAUCUUCCAGGCGUGGGCGGAGGCCAGCGGUGCCUACACUCCUGGAAAGGAUAGACCUGAUCUGCCCACCUGGAAGAGGAAUUUCCGAUCCGCCCUGAACCGGAAGGAGGGGUUGCGUUUAGCCGAGGAUCGGAGCAAGGACCCCCAGGACCCGCACAAGGUCUAUGAGUUUGUGAUCUCAGGAGCUGGGAACUUCUCGGAGUUGGACACCUCUCCGGACGCCAAUGGCAGAUGCAGUACCUCGGAUACCCAGCCCUUCCAUGGCUUCCAGCGUCCUCAGGAGAAAGUUCAGAACUUUCACCAGGCAGAAGAUAUACUAGAGUUACUGAGUGACAUGGUCUUGGCCCCACUCCCGGAAGGGGGGCCCUCGAACCUGGCUGUGGUCCCUGAGCAGACCCCUCCAUUCUUGCUGAGCCCCACCACAGACAUCCCUGCUCCCUGCCCAAACUCAGAGCCCCCUGAAAACCCACUGAGGCAGCUCUUGUUGCCUGAGGAAGAGUGGGAGUUCGAGGUGACUGCCUUCUACCGGGGCCGCCAAGUCUUCCAGCAGACUGUCUUCUGCCCGAGGGGCCUGCGGCUGGUGGCAUCAGAGGCAGGCGACAGGACGCUGCCCGGACAGCCAGUAAUACUGCCAGACCCUGGGUUGUCGCUGACAGACAGGGGCGUGAUGGGCUACGUGAGGCGUGUGCUGAGCUGCCUGGGCGGGGGACUAGCUCUGUGCAGGGCAGGACAGCGGCUCUGGGCCCGGAGGCUGGGGCACUGUCACACAUACUGGGCCUUGGGCGAGGAGCUCCUCCCUGACAGCUGUCAUGGACCCAGCGGCGAGGUCCCCAAGGAUGAGGAAGGAGACGUGUUCAACCUGAGGCCCUUCGUGUCAGAUCUGAUUGCCUUCAUCGAAGGAAGCCGACACUCACCACGCUACACCCUCUGGUUCUGCGUGGGGGAGCCAUGGCCCCAGGACCAGCCAUGGACCAAGAAGCUCGUGAUGGUCAAGGUUGUUCCCACAUGCCUCAGGGCCCUGCUGGACAUGGCACGGUCAGGGGGCGCGUCUUCACUGGAGAACACUGUGGACCUGCACAUUUCCAACAGCUACCCAUUCACUCUCACCUCAGACCAGUACAAGGCCUACCUCGAGGACCUGGUCGAGGACAUGGAUUUCUAGGUCACUCGGGAGGUCUGACCCCUCACUCCUCACGGGUGCUGCCCCCUCGUGCCUUCACCUUGGCCAAUAAACUGUUUCUUGCCACUGUCA